CAUCUACCUACCUGGAUAUUUGUUCAGAAAGGAAUUGAGAAUCCGAUCAAAACUGUGCUCGGGAACGAGAUAUUACUGUACUACCAAGUCAAAAUGACGACGAGGUAUCGUGUUGAAUACGCCCUUAAGACCCAUCGUCGAGAUCAAUUCAUAGAAUGGAUCAAAGGAUUGCUGGCCGUUCCGUUCGUGCUACAUUCGCAACCCACGGGAGUGUUCGAGUCGCGAACUGGCACCGUGGCCCAGAUGGCUGAAGAAGCUCACCGACGGUACGCCGAGAUUAUGCAAGAUGUGGAGGACAUGAUAGAUGACCACAUUGCGCACCAGAAAGUUGGCCUUCAUAGUCAAUCCAAGCUGAAGUUGCUAGUACCAACUAUCGGCGAAUUUUUUACUCGACUUCCUCUCGCAGAUGCAUUUAGAUACCAGGACAGAAAACGGUUCAUCUCGUCUAGGCGAUUUGUUCCACCGUCUUUCAAUGACAUCCGACUCAUCUUGAACACGGCCCAGCUUAUGGGCCUGAUCAAUGCGGGUGGAGUGGAUCUUGCUACGUUUGAUGGUGAUGUGACCCUAUAUGAGGAUGGGAAAUGCUUAGAACCGACGAAUCCAGUAAUCCAAAGGAUCAUAAAUCUAAUGAGCCAUGGUACCAAAAUCGGUAUUGUUACAGCUGCCGGUUAUACAGAGGCCGAAAAGUAUUAUGGCCGCCUUUACGGCCUCCUCGAAGCUAUCAAGGAAUCUACUAUUCUCAGUCCCUCUCAAAAAGAAAACAUAGUCAUUAUGGGCGGUGAAUCUAACUUCCUCUUCAAGUACGACCCCACCUCUCCAUACCUCCUCGCCCACCUCCACCGACGCAGCUGGAUCCUACCAAGCAUGUCAACCUGGAACCAACAAACCAUCACGAACCUUCUAGACCUCGCCGAAGUCUCACUCCGUGAAUGCGUGGCCAAUCUCUCCUUGCCCGCAAGCAUCCUACGCAAGGAGCGGGCCGUCGGGAUCAUCCCCUCUGAGCCCGGCUACCGCUUCCCCCGAGAGUCCCUCGAAGAAACCGUACUCAACGUCCAGAAGAAACUCGAAAUGAGCGAGGUCGGGAAGCUUCUUCCGUUCUGUGCCUUUAACGGCGGAAACGAUGUCUUUGUUGAUAUCGGCGAUAAGAGCUGGGGCGUGUGUGUCUGUCAGAAGUAUUUUGGGGGCUCGGCUAGUACUGUUGAUGAGGGAGGGAGUAUCAGAGGUGAUAGGACGUUGCAUGUGGGGGAUCAGUUCUUGAGUGCGGGCAGUAAUGAUUUUAAGGCUAGAGUGGUGGGCACCACGGCUUGGAUUGCUAGUCCGGCGGAGACGGUCGAGUUGUUGGAUGAGCUAGGGGCCAUGAUGGGGGCCAAAAAGGAGUUGGCAGCAGGAAAGGAGUAG